AUGACUACUGGACACAAACUGCGAGUCAAACGUGACAUUCAAUGCAUUUGUAUGCGCUGGCCUUUGGUUCGCAACAAAUCGUUCACUUUUUUCCAGUCGAUAGCCAUUCGUCUGAUGAGGAGAUAUACGUCGAGUGGGUGUUCUAAAAGUGAGCCAUCGGUGUCCUCUUUCAGUGCAAUUCAGUUCAAACUCAACGAGUUGUCUGUCAGUCGUCUUAAGCGAGAAUUGAGGACCUCUUCGGACACCAAAUAUUCACUCAACGACUCAAUCAUUGCUUUCUCUCGCGCAAACCCAAUGUCGACCGAAAAGACAGCCAAAUAUCCGGAAAUGCAUUACUUCUUAAACGAGUUGGAGAGUGAUGUGGUAUUCAUAGUGGAGGAACAGAGACUCCCGGCCCGCAAAUUCAUGAUGGAACUCAGGAGUGAGGUCUUUAGGGCCAUGUUUUCCGAGAAAUACCGAGAAAUGCCGAGAAAUUUCCGGGAGUCCACUGCGAAGGAAGUGGUCAUUGAAGACACCACUUAUAAAGCCUUCAAAAUAAUGCUUAAAUUCCUAUACACCGAGCUCCUGGCGUUCAAUGACGACAACGACAUAGGACUCAUCGGUGAUGUCCUCACACUCGCCGACAGAUAUCAAUUGGAUCGACUGUUUGAGAACUGUGAACAGCACUUGAUGUCUAUGUUAACCAUGGAUAACAUGAAAGUGGUAUCGAAAAUGGUUUCACCGAAAAUGGUUUUCGGUUACCGGUUGAUUAAACUGAAGGCAUACAUGGAGGAGUUCUUUGACAAGAAUUACACCGAAAUCUUAGCCAAAGACCAGAAGGUGUUGAAUAAGAUCAACACAUCGACGGAUAAUCUGUUGUUUGAAGUGAUGGCCAAAAACUUUCGCAAAGUUGAUAACUGUAUGCGGAGGAUUGGCUACAAUUUAGACAAUAUUGACAUCAAUGAAUACGAUAACGCUGAUGUGGAUUACUUUGAUGUCAAAUGA